AUGCAGACGGGUGAGAGCCGUGUCGACUGGGGCAUUAGAAACCCCAGUCAGCGCGGAUCGAGAGAGGAGACUUGGCCGUCUUACCCCCUCUCGGAUGCUCCCCACGAUGCAUACACCUUGCAGCCAGAUGAUUCGUGGGAUUCCUCCUUUGGGGGCCCCCCACAGGAAGAGCCACCCGUUUCUGUGGGCCGAGCCAUAAGGGCCACUGGCACUUCUGAAUGGGGCGGCGCUUUAAUCCGCCGGCUGUGUAAGGGGGGCCCCUCCGUCGAGGCCUCCUCUGCGGAGGUUUCGAGACUACGGGCUGGAGAAAGCAGUGAAGACGCAUGCAGGCCCCAGCCAAGCAGCCAGGGGACAGGCGAAUCGGCGGCAGCAGGAAGUCGGCCUCCAGCAGGACCAGCGACACACGCAGCAAGUGCAGCAGCAGCUGCUGCACUUGCUGCAGAGAAGCGAACGUGCCUUACAGCACGAAGCACACCCACUAGAGGCCGUGGACGAGAAGGGGCUCUACUGCAAUGCCAGCAGCAGCAACAACAGCAGGAGGCACGACAACAGCAACAGCAACAGCAACAGCAAGAGGGGCCCCCCACUGCAAGGCCUUCUGACGCUGAAGGAAGCCAUGAAGCCGCCUCAGGAUUUCAUUGCAAAGCAGAAGACGGAACCUUUAGCGCUGAGGCAAAGACUGACUGUGGUUCUGAGUGCGAUGCUGCAGCCUCGAACCCACCUGGAAGCAGGGGACUUUGUGCUCUGCGACGUCACUCUAGGAUACGGCCGGGAGUGCACAAAGGCACAUGCAGGGCCUUAGCCAAGGCGCGCAUAAAGGGGACCGGGAGCAUUGCAAGAAGGGCAAUGCAUGCGACGCGAGUUAAAGGCGCCCAUGUGGCCUGCGCGACGGACUAG